ACGUAUAGUGGUUGAAGCCAGCACAUUCAAAAUGGCGGCCAGUCUGCUCCACAGCGAAUAUUUAAUACACUUGGUCAACUAGAUAAAAUCAACUACCAGUGACUUCUUGGUUUGAAUUAAUUCGUUUUAUUUGUCAACACAAAUAGUGUACUAUUGCAAAUUAUUGUUUUCGACAUGUCGGACUCUGAGGAAGAAAGUCAAGAUCGACAACUGAAGUUUGUAGUGAUCGGAGACGGCGCAUCAGGCAAGACGUCACUGGCCACCAGGUUUGCUCAGGAGGCGUUUGGGAAGCAGUACAAACAGACCAUCGGCCUGGACUUCUUCCUCAAGAGAAUAACUCUUCCAGGCAACUUGAACGUGACCCUGCAGGUGUGGGACAUCGGGGGACAGUCGCUGGGAGGGAAGAUGCUGGAUAAAUACGUCUACGGAGCUCAUGGUGUUCUGCUGGUGUACGACAUCACCAACUACCAGAGCUUUGAGAACCUGGAGGACUGGUUCGGCAUGCUGAAGAAGGCCAACGAGGAGUCGCAGGUCCAGCCCCUCGUCUGCCUGGUCGGCAACAAGAUCGACCUGGAGCACAUGAGGACGGUGAAGUCGGACAAACACCAGCGCUUCUGCCAAGAGAACGGCCUCAUCAGUCAGUUCGUAUCGGCCAAGACGGGGGACUCGGUGUUCCUCUGUUUCCAGCGAGUGGCCGCUGAGAUCCUGGGAGUGAAGCUCAACAAGGCUGAGAUGGAGCAAUCCCAGCGUGUGGUGAGGGCAGACAUCGUGAACUACAGUCAGGAUUCCGUGGCCCGGGCCGCCAACCCCCAGCGAAGCUCCAUGUGCGUGGUCCAGUGAUUCAAGCCCACUCUGGAUCACACACUCUCCCCCCCAUUCCAUCCCUUUACCCCCAUGUCCCCAUGUCUACCCUUAAGGACACGCACACACCCAAACACAAACACACACACACACGUACACACAAAAUUUCACUCAUGCUCACGAUUCGAUGGGGAAGUCAGUAUUCGUUGUUUCAGGCAGGAGGUUUGGUGGUCACGUGACCAAUUGGAUUCCUGUUAAGUUGGCCUUGCUGUGUUAUUUGUAUUUGUAAGUGAGAAGAAGCAACUGAAUCCCAGUUCUGCAUGUAUGAAAUCUAGAUUUUCUUUUGUAAAUUAUAAGUCCUCUUGUGUUCCCCAGUUUAAAGUCACAAUGUGUUUUUAGUGUUUAUUUUUCUUUAAUCAUGGCCAAUACUAUCUUACCAUCGAACCGGUUCCAUUGUCGAACAAACUCAUGCCAACUUUUGUUUCGUUGUGCGACUGUUUGACUGUAUCUUACUGCAGAGAAAACCUGGUUUUCUGCAGACGAAGACGGGAGCGUCCACUAUGCUUUCAAAAUCUUCGAUAAACAUACGUUGUUCCUUCAUACGUGUUGGGUUUUCAGCUCAUCGUUGUGUUUUAAAACUACAGUGUAUCACAAAUGCUAUCGGCUAAAACUUCUGCUAUUGCCUCCAGUUGGGGUGUUCAGAUCGGGCUAAUCUCACAAAUCAGACUUUAGAUAUUAAUCUAAGUCGAAGAAAGUUCUGUCUAAAUGAUAAGGCCUUCACUCAUAUUCAUUCUUGCCUGCUAUUCGACUUUAGAUAUUAAGUCUGAUGGUAGACGAGCUAAGACCUUGGAGAACAGGAAUUUAAUGAAUGAAUUAAUGUCUUUCUUUCGCUUCAUAUCUAUUUCGACCAAUCAUGUUGCUGGAGGCGGGGAGCUGCAAGCAUGUCAUUGCUGAUCUCCAACUCGGCCAGCAGUAGUUAACUGUAAAACAAAAAUGUGGUUUCAAAUCAACACCAUGCAGUCUGGCCAAUGAAGGAAUACACAUGUUAAAAUCCCCUUCUGAAAGCUUCAUCCACUGUUUCAAAUGAGUUUACUAUGGUGUAAUAUCUCAGUAAUGAAGCAACAAACAAAGCGUAUCUCAGCCCCUUGCAGGUCCUGCUUUCCGACCAACGCUUUGUACCGUCUCCUCCUGCUAUAACGCUGUAGGACGGCUGGAUCCCAGAUAAAGGUCGGACUAUCUGAUACACGUACAAAGAGGGGAUGGGUUGGGGUCGCAUUGACCAGCUGUGUUCAAGGACGAGUGUGUACUUGUGUUUGUAUGUUAAACCAGUGGCUUCUACAUCCAUGGGGCUGCUAUAUUCAGAGGAAGAUAAAUAUGUGAUAUGAACAGAAGUAGAGUGAACUUAAGUUUAGUUUUUUAUAUGUGCCAAUAGCGGCUUGCGUUAGCAGUGCUGUGGUGUUGGUGUUACUUAAAAGAGAAGUGUUAAUUUUGUGACUUUUAGAUGACAAAAAAUGAAAUCCUUUAUUUUAAAAAAACUACAAGACAAUACGUUCUUGUGCAUUUAUGGUUCCUCAGAUUUACAUCUUAUAUUGUAAUCAGUGAUCAUCCUAAAAUAAUCAAUAACUUUCAGAUUAUUUAUAUUCAUAGUGUUCCUUUCAUUUCAAAACAGAUAUAUUUGUGUUUUGCUGAUUAAAGUCAAAGUGACUCAGUUGAGCAGCUAAAAGAUAAAAUGAUUUGUUAGGGAGCAGAGGAGUUUGCAUCGAUGCUAUGACUUUUUUAAGCAAUGCUAAUGAAAGACUAGAGGAUAUACGCUGUACUGUAAACAAUAUAAAAGAAAGCCUACUUCUGGUUACGUGGUUUAAUGGUGUCUGCCUUUAUUUUAUGUUGUUAUACCAUAUUUGUACUGUAGCUUCUUUCUUGGUAUUGUUCUGUGACAGAUCUUUCUCUCCCUCUCAUUCGGUGAGUAGCUGCCUCUCUCGUUACCACUUCUUCACGGGGCCUGCUCCUUUUCAAAUCAUAAUCAUGCGAACUAAAGGUGAAACGAUAAGAGAAAGAAAAUCACAAAUGUACACUUUAAAUUGGGUUGUUAAAUUACAUUUUAUUGAACAUGCUGAUCUUUGUAAAUAAAAUCACCUAUGGAAUAAAACGCAAUGUGUAUGGCUUGUUAAUACAGUGCUCAAGUG